GGCGUAGCCAGGGUGGAACCAGCAAUUUGCGGCCUGGGUUUGGGAGGUGGCAGCAGACAGCCGGACAGACAAACCUCGGGCUGUCCCAUUUGGCUACGCGUCCCCCGUCCAUAUCCAUAAUUCCUAGCAAUAGCAGUAGCAUCUAGAAGGAAAGGAAAGGAAAGGAAAGGAAAGGAAAGGGCAGUCACGACGGCAGCAGCAUUUGCAUCGCGGCGUGUCGUGUCGUGUCGUCUGCACUAGGCAAGUAUCCGCCGCCGCCGCCGCCCCUACCCGGAGCCUCCGUCGAUUUGUUGGAUUCGCAGGCGGCGGCCGCACCGCACCGCACCCACCAGCAGCCAAUCAAAAGCAAUCAGCCAGUCGCCCAGCCCAACAACAGACGCCCCAGCCCCCAACCCGGAUUGCCCCGAUGCGAGGCACAAUGCCGGCCACCGAUUCCUCGUCGCCGGCGGCCGCGCCGCUGUCCUCCAUCGGCCGCUCCAUCGCCUGGUCGCUCCGCCGGGAUCAGAACCAGAUCCACUCCUUCCCGCCGCCGCCGCCCGACGACGCCACCGACGCCUUCCAGCGCCGCGCCGCCCAUCUCCUCAACAACCUCCUCGCGCCCCCUGCUGCCGACGACGUCCUCUCCCUCGCCUGGACGCGCCGCCUCGUCGACGCCUUCCUCCUCUGCCUCGAGGAGUUCCGAGCCCUGCUCUUCGGCUCCGGGGACGCGCCCGCAGCGCGGCCCCCGCUCGACCGCCUCGUCGCCGACUUCUUCGACCGCGCCGUCAAGGCGCUCGACCUCUGCAACGCCGUCCGCGACGGACUCGACCUCGUCCGCCAGUGGCGAAAGCACCUCGCCAUCGCCGCAGCCGUCCUCUCCUCCUCCUCCUCGCCGCCGCCGCUCGGGGAGGCCCAGAUCCGCCGCGCCCGCAAGGCGCUCACCGACCUCACCAUCCUCAUGCUCGACGACAGGGACGGCGGGGGCGUCGUUGGCCAGCGCAACCGCUCCUUCGGCCGACCUGCCAACGCCACCAACGAAAAAGCCGCCCGCGGCCACGGCCAGGGCCACCACCGCCGGAGCAGCAGCGGCGGGAGCUCCGGCUCUGGCUCGGGCUCCCACCUCAGGUCCCUCUCCUGGAGCGUGUCGCGGGCCUGGUCCGCCGCGCGCCAGCUGCAGGCGAUCGGGGGAGGCCUGCCCGUGCCCCGCCCACAGGACAACGCCGCCACGGGAGGCCUCGCCUCGGCAGUCUACACCAUGGGCGCCGUGCUCUUCAUCGUCGCCUUUGCCCUCGUCGCCGCCAUCCCGUGCCAGGACCGCGGCCUCCACGUGCAUUUCUCCGUGCCCAGGAACCUCGCCUGCUCGGGCCCCAUCACCACGCUCUACGAGCGCAUCCUCGACGAGUCCAAGAAGAAGGAGCGCAAGAACUCGUGCGGCCUGCUCAAGGAGAUCCACCAGAUUGAGCUCUCCUCCAGGCACCUCAUGGAGAUCACUGACGCCGCCGAGUUCCCGUUGCACGAGGACAAGGAUGUCCAGGUGCGGGAGGCCGCGCAGGACCUAGUGCACCUGUGCGACACCAUCAAGGAAGGGCUCGACCCGCUCGAGCGCGAGGUCAGGCAGAUGUUCCACCGGAUUGUGCGCACACGCACAGAAAUCCUUGAUUGCUUGAGUAAGCCACAUGGCACCCAGUGAUGAGAAUACGCAGGGAAACAGGGAACCCACACUGCUUGCUUGCUUGCUGUGAUGCCACUUAAGGAAACAUCCUUGUGUGAAAUGCAGCAGGCAGGGGUCAGCCCGAUUUAGAUGAGGUAGCUUUUCUCUGCAUAAGUUAGCAACUGCUACAUCAUACAUGUGUCUUCAUAGAGGCUUGUCCUUCUGUUUGAUAAAUUGGUUUCUUCUUUCUUUUUUUUUUCAUUUCAUUUUCUCGUCUUUGUAGAUUGUGAAUCCUUCCUUACUUGGCAGUGCUUCGUAGUAAUGGUCUAAUACUAUUUAUUCCAUUCUUUUCAUCUGGUUUGAUGUGGUGAUGCCAGUCACUUUGCUGAUUAGUAAUCAGUGAUUAGUUAAUGUUCAUAUGGUUAGGGUCUUUGCCAGCACAGAAACAAAACAGAGGUUUAUGGUGCUAUGCUAUGCUGGAAGUGUUGAGAGAUUGUGAGGUGAUGCUAUUGACAUCACCACCAAUUUUUUGUGUCCAAAGAUUAGUGAAUGUAUAUAGUCUGAUCACAAAGGAGAUGUCACUUCAUCAUUGAUCACUCAACAUUAA